AUGACAGCUGAAAAGACUAUUCCUAUAAUUAAUGGCAAGCCAGAAGAUGCUUUGGACCCGGAAGCUUCAAGUACCAACCUUGUUCACAGCAAUGAUAAGAAAGUUCAUGAAAGAGGCCACUGGAACAAUAAGGUUGAAUUUGUGCUUUCUGUAGCAGGGGAGAUUAUUGGGUUGGGAAACGUCUGGAGAUUCCCAUAUCUUUGCUACAAGAAUGGAGGAGGUGCUUUCCUCAUCCCCUAUGUGGUCUUUUUUAUUUGCUGUGGAAUACCAGUAUUUUUCUUGGAGACGGCCUUGGGACAGUUUACAAGUGAAGGAGGCAUCACAUGCUGGAGGAAAGUUUGCCCUCUCUUUGAAGGCAUUGGCUAUGCUACCCAAGUUAUAGAGGCACACCUAAAUGUGUAUUACAUCAUCAUUUUAGCAUGGGCUAUCUUUUAUUUGUUCAACUGCUUUACUACAGAGCUUCCCUGGGCUUCCUGUGGCCACGAAUGGAAUACAGAAAACUGUGUGGAAUUUCAAAAACUUAACAUGAGCAACUGCAGUCAAGUCUCUUUACAGAAUGCCACCUCUCCAGUGAUGGAAUUCUGGGAACGAAGGGUGCUGGCAAUUUCCGAUGGGAUCGAGCACAUUGGGAACCUGCGCUGGGAGCUCGCCCUGUGCCUCCUGGCUGCUUGGACUAUUUGUUAUUUCUGCAUCUGGAAAGGCACCAAAUCCACUGGAAAGGUUGUGUACGUGACAGCCACGUUCCCCUACAUCAUGCUGAUGAUCCUCCUGAUUCGGGGGGUGACGUUACCCGGCGCUUCCGAGGGCAUCAAGUUCUACCUUUACCCCGACAUCUCCCGCCUCUCUGACCCACAGGUGUGGGUGGAUGCUGGCACACAAAUCUUUUUCUCCUAUGCCAUCUGCUUGGGGUGCCUGACAGCCCUGGGGAGCUACAACAAUUACAACAACAACUGCUACAGAGACUGCAUCAUGCUCUGCUGCUUGAACAGUGGCACAAGCUUUGUUGCUGGUUUUGCUAUCUUUUCAGUUCUUGGAUUUAUGGCUUAUGAACAAGGCGUGCCCAUUGCAGAAGUUGCAGAAUCAGGACCAGGACUUGCAUUCAUUGCUUACCCUAAAGCUGUCACCAUGAUGCCUCUGUCUCCUCUGUGGGCAGCUCUGUUCUUCAUGAUGCUCAUCUUCCUGGGCUUGGACAGUCAGUUUGUGUGCGUGGAAAGCAUCGUGACAGCCGUGGUGGACAUGUACCCCAAGGUGUUCCGCAGGGGCUACAGGAGGGAGCUGCUCAUCCUCGGCCUCUCCAUCGUGUCCUACUUCCUGGGCCUCAUCAUGUUAACUGAGGGUGGGAUGUAUGUCUUUCAGCUCUUUGACUCCUAUGCAGCCAGUGGGAUGUGCCUGCUCUUUGUUGCCAUUUUUGAGUGCGUCUGCAUAGGCUGGGUAUAUGGCAGCAAUCGCUUUUAUGAGAACAUUGAAGACAUGAUUGGGUACAAACCUGUGUCAUUGAUUAAGUGGUGCUGGAUGGUCCUAACUCCAGGUAUUUGUGCAGGCAUCUUCAUCUUUUUCCUGGUGAAAUACAAGCCCCUGAAAUACAACAAUGUGUACAUCUACCCUGACUGGGGCUAUGGCAUCGGGUGGAUGAUGGCGCUGUCCUCCAUGGUCUGCAUCCCACUGUGGAUCUGCAUCAAGCUCUGGAAGACAGAAGGCACCUUCAUGGAGAAAUUCAGGAAGUUGAUUACACCUAGCUCAGACCUGAAAAUGCGGGGCAAGCUCGGAGGAGGAGCCUACAUUGCAGCAAUAAAUGACUGCGAUGCCAAACGGAAAGGAGAUGGCACCAUUUCCACCAUCACAGAAAAGGAGACACAUUUCUGAAUGAACUUUUUUUGUUGUUUUAUUUUUUUUUUGUAUAAAGAAAUAAAUAAAUUCACAUAAUUAUAGAGGCUGGCUUGUUUUGCACAGAAUUUUA